GACGCCGCUCGGCCGGUAUCGCAUCAUGGCAAGCACGGCGGGUGUGCGUGUCAGCCCAUUGCAGUUGGGCGCCAUGUCCAUUGGCGAGGCAUGGUCAGAAGCAAUGGGAUCCAUGAACAAGGAACAAUCCUUCAAAUUGCUCGACGCCUUCGUGGACGCCGGCGGCAACAUGAUUGACACGGCCAACAACUACCAGAAUGGCGAGAGUGAGCUCUGGAUAGGCGAGUGGAUGAAGGAGCGCAAGAACCGUGACCUGAUGGUGAUUGCGACGAAAUUCACGACUGGCUAUGUCAACUUUGAAGUCUCUGACCCGCAGAGAGUCAACUUCACCGGCAACUCGAGGCGCAGUCUGCAUAUGAGCGUCAGAGACUCGCUCAAGAAGCUCCAGACAGACUGGAUCGAUGUGCUCUACAUUCACUGGUGGGACUUCACAACGAGUAUCGAGGAGCUCAUGGACGCGCUCCACAUCCUCGUCCAACAAGGCAAGGUACUUUAUCUGGGCAUCAGCGACAGCCCUGCCUGGAUUGUCUCUGCUGCCAAUACCUAUGCACGUCAUCACGGCAAAACACCGUUUUCGAUCUACCAGGGCCAGUGGCAUGUCGGUCUUCGUGACCUCGAGCGAGACAUCAUCCCUUGCUGUCGUCACUUUGGCAUGGCCAUCGCUCCCUGGGGCGUCCUCGGAUCUGGACACUAUCAAUCCAAGAAGGCACUCGACGAACGCAAAAAGGCUGGCGAGACUCUGCGAUCGUUCAGAGGGGCCGACCAGAGUGAGCAAGAGAUCAAGAUGAGCGAAGCGCUCGCCGAGGUAGCCGAAGAGCACGGUAUCGAGUCAGUCACUGCUAUCGCGCUCGCCUACGUCUUCUCAAAGUAUCCCAAUGUUUAUCCUAUCGUGGGCGGGCGAAAGGUCGAGCAUCUUCAUGACAACAUCAAAGCUCUGUCGAUCCAGCUAACGGAUGCCCAAGUCAAGCGACUCGAGGAAGUGAAGCCGUUCGAUAUCGGCUUCCCGACCACGAUGAUCGGAUCCGAUCCAGCUCUCGAUGGCAGUCAUGGCUCUUUCCUCAUCGCCAAUUCUGCCAAGAUUGAUUAUGUGCGAACGCCCAAGCCGAUCGGACACGAGUGAGCAGGCAUAUCAGCAAUGCAAUCACACUGUUGUCACACACUCCCCAUCAUCUGCACGUCCUUCUCAUG